AUGUCAAUACGCAAAGGAGUCAAAGACAACUCGAAAUUUCCUUCUGGCCCUCCUACCCCUAUCCAAACCCAAGGUUCAUCAUCUUCGGCCUCGGACCAAGCGACCUUUACCCACCGAGAGCACCACGAAACCAAACGCCAUGACGACCAGCCACCCAUUGACCUACAACAACUACAACAACACCAGGAUCAUCGCCACCGUAACCACAUGGACCCCAAUCCGAAUCCCUACCCGUACCACGCCGAACACGGCCCUCCCAUCGACAACGCCCUCAAGUACGCCGAGGCCGAGGAGGACUAUCAACACCACAAGACGCUCUGGUGGUCUCGCGUGCGCCACCACCUGCGCGACCCGUUUGCCGAGUUCCUGGGCACGUUUAUCAUGAUUUUGUUUGGCGACGGGUCCGUCGCGCAGGUCACGCUCUCUGCGAACCCGAAUCUGCCAGCGAGUAGUCAGAACAAGGGUGACUAUCAAAGCAUUUCAUGGGGAUGGGGAAUAGGCGUGAUGCUGGGAGUCUACGUCGCCGGGUGCGCGGGGGGCCACCUCAACCCGGCCAUCACCAUGGUCAACUGCAUCUUCCGGGGGUUCCCCUGGUGGAAGUUCCCCGUGUACGCGUGCGCGCAGGUGGCCGGCUGCUUCUGCGGCGCCGCCGUCAUCUACGGCAACUACAAGUCGGCCAUCGACGCCUACGAGGGCGGCGCCAACGUCCGCACCGUGCCAGGGUACAGCGACACGGCGACCGCGGGCGUGUUUUGCACGUACCCGCAGCCCUUCCUGUCCACGACCGGCCAGUUCUUCUCCGAGAUCGUCUCGAGCACCGUUCUCGUCUUUGUCAUCUUCGCCCUCAAGGACGACGCGAACCUGGGCGCCGGGAACUUGGUGCCGCUCGCCCUGUUCUUUUUGAUCUUUGGAAUCGGUGCCACCCUGGGCUGGGAGACGGGCUACGCUAUCAACCUCGCUCGAGACUUUGGUCCGAGACUCUUUACGUAUUUUGUCGGAUAUGGACAUGAGGUUUGGAGUGCCGGAGGAUAUUACUUUUGGAUUCCCAUGAUCGCUCCCUUCAUAGGUUGCACUUUUGGAGGAUUCCUCUACGACGCAUUCAUUUAUACCGGUGAAUCACCAAUCAAUACCCCUUGGAUGGGACUCAAGAGACUUGUCCGUCCAACCAAAAAGGGAAUUAAGGAGGCCAUUUAUGGUGUUCCUUAA